AUGGAGAUUGACGAUGAUGACGACUUCUACGCCCCCGACGAGCCCACAACCCAGCCCGCUGCCGCCGCCACCCCGUCCGCCGCAGAGCCCGCGGAACAGCAACACCAAGAUGGAGAUCUAGAGGAGGGGGAGGAGGAAGACGAGGGCGCCGAGAUGGAGGACUCGGAUUCCGACAUUGAUAUCAUCACCGAGCGCAAAGACGGCUCCAACGCACCUCCCCCAGCACAAUCGCGCUACAGCGACAUAAGAAACAUCCCGCAGCGGACAGCCUCGAGCGACGCCGCCUCCAAGCCUGCCAUCAAGAACGAGGACCCAGCCAAAGCCACGUCCACCGCCGACCUGCCGCCCGUCUCCACUUCCAAGAUAGAUGUGAACGCGAUACCCAUAUACAAGCCUACAGGGAAGCCCAUUACCCAGGUGAACAUCGACCAAGACCUGCCCGAGAACGACAAGCCCUGGAGAAAGCCAGGCACCGAUCUCAGCGACUACUUCAACUACGGCUUCGACGAGUUCACCUGGGCCUUGUACGCCGCUAAGCAGGACAACGUUCGCGGAGAGUACAGUCAAGACGCCAUUGCCCAGAACAACAAGAAGAUGAUGGACGAGAUGCAGAUGAUGAUGAUGGGCGGCAUGCCCGGCAUGACCGGUGCCGCCGGCGCCAUGCCCACCAUGCCCGGCAUGGACGGAAUGCCCCCGGAGAUGCAGGCCAUGAUGCAGCAGAUGGUGUCUUCGGGCAUGGACCCCAGCCAGAUGGACCCUGCCGCCAUGGCCACCAUGUUCUCGGGCAUGCAGAACGCAGCAGGUGGCAACGCUGCCGGGGGCCAAGGUCAGGGCUUUGGCGGUGCCGGUCAGGGCUUUGGGGGCAACCAGGGGCAGAACUUUGGCUUUGAGCAGGGCAUGGGCCGAGGGGGCGGAGGUGGUGGAUUCGGGAGGGGUCGCGGUGGCCGCAGGAAUUGGUGA